CUGUUUGCGGGGUAAAAUUACUAUAGUUUUCAAUGAUUUUUGUAUGCUUUCUUCUUCACUAAAUGGGUUUGUGAAGCGAAUGUAAAGUCCAGCAAAGAAAAGAAAGGUUUUAAAAUAAAAAAAAGUCGCAACGAAUCGUCCCAACAUUUUUACAUGAAACGAUCCAAACGAUUCAAUGUUUUUAGUUGAAGAAAAAAAAUCGUUUCAUGAUAUGUCUGCGGGAUGGCCAGAUCUCAGCCCACGGUGCAUAAAGUGGAUGACGUGACAAGAGGAAGAAGUGACAGGUUUUGGCCAGCAGUAGCAACUUUUUUGAGAAAAAGUUCCAAAAAUCUUAAAUCUAAGCUGGCCGGGGUGCGGUAACUUCAAAGCAAUCUCGAAAACUGAACACAGCUGGCACGGUAGGCCAUACGGAAACGACCGCUCCCACCCUCUUGCCAGACGCAGUGCCCCAGUUGUACCAAAGUCCUGUGAAACUUCUGCACCCGAAACGGUACACUGCGAUAAAACACGCACUCUAUAUAGAUACACCGUUUGUUUAGUACGUAUCGGCCAAUCGGCUACACAGCGUGUGAGCAGAGCAGUGAAAACUAACUACACGCGACGUGGAUCGCCGAAACUGGAUGGGCAAACAGCACUGAGUGCUGACGCGAAGCACCUCCGCUGGUGUAGCAUGACGAUGUGCAGAUGCACGUCUUCGUAACAGCGAGCAGAGAAACAGUACAUUAAGUCACGCUCUUUGCCGGUUAUAAUUAGACUGCACGGCAUUCGGGACGCUCGAGAACGCCGGACGGAAGGGAACGUAAAGGAUACCGUUUCGAGUGCCGCGGGACUCGAAAUUAAUAAUCAACCGAAGAUAAACAAAGCGGUACGAUGGCAGCGAACGAUGGCACAUUGACCGAUUUCGUUAAUCGUACAAAACUUGACGACCUCUUCGAUUUCAACCUAGACGUGGCCGCGAAUAUACGGGGCGAUAGACCACAUAUCAAAGCACCGUUAAUGAAAGUUAAAACCUACCUAUCCGCUCUACGACCAUGGUCACUGUCGGCCAGUUUGAUGCCAACACUACUCGGCGCAACGCUCGCAUUACGUGUGCGGGGAUAUGAAACUUUCAACUUAUGGACGUUCUUUUGCACCGCGCUAACGGUGAUGACCGUACACUGUGCCGGAAAUCUAGUCAAUACGUAUUAUGACUACGUGAAAGGUAUCGACGAUCGCAAGGCAGACGACCGAACGUUGGUUGAUCAUAUUCUCAGUAAGGAUGAGGUCGUCACCUUAGGCGUGUUGCUAUAUUUAGCCGGGUGCUUAGGAUUCGGAUUCCUUGUAUAUCUAUCGCCCGCUAAGCUGGAACAUCUUGCCCUGGUAUACUUUGGUGGACUAUCAUCCAGUUUCUUGUACACCGGUGGCAUCGGCCUAAAGUACAUUGGACUCGGUGAUGUGCUCAUCCUGGUCAUUUUUGGUCCCAUCUCCGUGCUAUUUUCCUACAUGGCGCAAACAGGGUACAUCGAAUGGGCUACUAUUUUCUACGCCAUUCCGCUCGCGCUCAACACGGAAGCAAUUCUGCACAGCAACAAUACACGGGAUGCUGAGUCGGACAAGCGGGUCGGCAUUGUCACGUUGGCCAUCCUGAUCGGCAGAACGUGUUCGUACGUUCUGUACGCCGUGCUACUCUUUACGCCGUACGUGAUCUUUGUGGUGCUCGGUAUGAAAUACUCCGUUCUGUUUCUGUUGCCAAUGGUAACGUUCAAGCAGGCAUUCGCGUUGGAGCGACAGUUUCGCAAUGAAAGCACCGUGCAGAAGGUGCCCCGUCAAACGGCCAAGCUGAAUCUGUUCUUCGGCAUCUUGUACGUCGUGGCCUGUUUCGGUGCUCCGCAGCUGCCGCUUAUAACGCAAAAGUGAACCAAAAGCCGUAUCGUCCAAGUGCAUUACAAUAUGUAUCGUUUUGCGAUGGUGCCGCUCAUUACCUAUGGUAUAACGAUUUCUUAAUUGUGCUGCUGAUGCCCUCGAGGCACACUCCUCAAAGCUGAACGGCUCUACAUUAGUUGCUAUUUAUUCGUUAUAACGUCGAAAACAUGCUGCCACACCCUUCGGUAGAUUUGUUAGACCAGUUUGUGUUUGUUGCGUACUUAACGAACACGGGUAUGUGUGUAAGGUCAGGCGUGUACAUGGAUCUGCCGUAUUCUCGUAAAAGUGCACAUGCGUUCGAUUAAGGUUUGAAUUGUUUCGUAAAACUUAAAUGUAUUAUUUAAAAGUGUUUGCUUAACGAAGGAUUGUGGGAUCGAACCAUACGUUCGGGGCAUAGUGUUUGUGUGUCGUAUGUAAUGUAAUGGAAUUUUACUAUUUUAUUACAUUUUGACUUUGCUCCACCUGGUGGAACACACUCGGUACUUUAUUCCGUGAACGCUUCCGUUCGGUAGGGUUUUUUUUAAUUUCCCAAUUAAAGAGAGAUUAUGACAAAAAAAACAGAACAAAACCCCGAAGAUAUAGCAACAUUCGAUACAGUACAGUUUCCCCGUUUCCAUGACCCUCUACUGCUAAAUAACAUAUCAAAUCACAACCUAUAAAUAAAUGGAUGGCACCGGAACACAGUCGCAUAACGCAAAGGAGAACUCAUCCUGCGAACAACAUCCACACUGAAACCGUCAGAGAAAUCUUUUACCUUUUUCCGUAGUUAGUAGAACCCCACAGAACAUCAUCGAACGUCGUCGCGUUCGGUGCAAAACGAAAACGUCUCUGAGCUUGCGAAAAGACCAAAGUCACGGCAAUUUAAAGCAACCAAUCAAGAGUCAUCGCAAGGAUUAACGUGUGCGUUAAACAAAAUGUAAUUAUUUCUGUGUAAGUAGUAGAGGAUAAUUUUUUCCCCAACUUCUGUGCAAUGCUAAUGAACUAUGGAUGAAAUUGUGUAUCUGAGCGUUUAUCGGCACAUCCGCUUACAGUGGCCGAUGGUGGAGUGUAAAAGCGCUUCGUUGGAACGCUGUUUUGGAAACUAAUUAUAUACUUUUUUUUAUUGAAACCCAACCGUAAGUGAGAGACAAUAAUUAGCUCAUUAGGAUAAGCAUGUUGAAUUCAACAUCGAUUAUAGAUAUGGUAGGGAAGUGAGGUAUCUUCAGCAUUGCAAAAACAGAAAUGAAAAAUGUUGUUGCGUCUGGGAGCAAGCGAUAGAUGCGUACUAACCUCAGCUUUUUUUAUAGCUUUCAGUCAAAUCAUACGCCAGGUGGAAUGAAGCAAACGGAUGAUAAUUAUGCUCGUUAGUGUACGCAUCAACAUUAGCUGUAGGCGUUAGGCUUAGCCUGUGCACGAUAUUCUCGGUGUAGGAUAGAAUUCGAUCGUCCCCGUCAAGGUGAUCGUAGGCAUAAUGUGUUGUCCUACAAACUUAAAAACAACUCGUGCCUGUUUCUCAAGCAAAGCGUGCGAUUUAUUCAACACAGCAAUGAGGUUUUUGCUCCGCAGAGUAUAUUAGUGCCAUCGUGCGUGGGCAUUGGGGCGGUGGCAUUUCCUUACUCCUUAGAGUUAAGCAGGAAUGAAAAUGUGCAAGCCGAAUGAAUGCUUUGCCUACGUUCACAUACACGGGAGAUCUGAAACAUUGAUUCUGCAUGUCCGUAGUUUAUGGACGAAUUAGGGUAAACGAGAGCGAUGAAUACCAGCAAAACCAGGGGAUAGAACCGACUGCUGAAUGGUUACAGUCCCUUGUUAGCAAUAUGGCCGGCAGAUAGUACUCUGUUAGCUUGCGCCUGUAUUUGUAUAAAAAUAAGUUACAUUUAUAAGACUAAUUGCGGCAUUUUGCUUACAGUUGAUUGUUUCUUAAUUCGCAUCGUUAAGGGAGGAGAUCCCUUCCGAACGGCCGCUAUUGCUGAUUCAGCUUAGUAAAGAUAUGUUUACUGUUUUUGCUAAUACCGCGGAUCAAAACGUACCCGAAUAUACAUAUAUAUCCGAAUACAUUACCUGCGAAUACAUACACUUUGCGAUCGUUAGUUCCGUUGUACAGUGAUGCGUUUGUAGCUCCCAUAUGUUGUUUACCCCAGAUAGCGUUCUCUAGCUGUAGUUGGUAGGAAAGAAUGCAUUACGCUUUGACGCGUAAUCUAGUGCGUUUCUCAGACGUGAAGGGUCUUCCAUGCAUAGCGUGUAGCCCUUAACCGGGCCACACGUGGAAAAGAUUUGAAUUGAAAGCGUGUCUGUCAGACACAUCAGGCAGCGAUACUCUGUAUGUUAUGUGGCGACUAUUUAUUAUACGAAGGCCUCAGUUUUGCUCACGGUCAGGAUUUGUAAUCAGACACCAUGAUGAUAGUUUGCUAGUAAGAAAUAAAUCAUUAGAUGCAGUAAACCCAAUCAUA